AUGCAGGAGAUGUCUGUCAUAACUUCCUCUCCUUCAAGAGAGAAGAAGUGCAAGUGUGGUGUUCCUCUUGCAAAGCUCACCAGUUGGACAAGGGAGAACCCUGGUCGAAAGUUCAGAACAUGCAAGUUCUAUGACCCUGUAACUGAGAGCAAGGGUUGUAAAUCAUUUGAAUGGGUAGAUGAACCAGAUGGGACAGCCUGGCAAACAGAGGUGAUCAACAAUUUGUUGUUGGACAAAAAGCUUUUGAAAGGAGAAAUUACUGACUACAAAAGGGAAGUUGAUGAUCUAGGUGGACAGAUGCGGUGUUUGUUAAAUGAAGUGGACAGCCUGAAGAUGAAAUGCAAGGCAAUAAACUCAGAUAGGAAGAAGAUGAAUAGAGAUUUGAAUGGAAGAAAUGGAAGAUCAGAGCAGUCUGUUGUUUAUGUUGUAGUUGGAAUUAGUUUUGUCAUGUUAGUGAUGCUAGUUAUUGGGGGGUUUGUAAUGCUGAAAGUGUAG